AUCUCCUUUGAUGUGGAAUCGACCAUGUAAAAAAUUGUAAACCUAUAUAUUCUUGUACAUAGAAUUAAUGUGUUAAUAGAAACUUUAUUUGUAGGCUCUUUUAAAAAAAAAGAAAAAGUUACGACUAGAUGCAGCUUUAGAUCAGUGUCCAGAAGGACUUCAUGCUCUUAGAGAAAUUAUGGCUUUACCAUUGCUACCGGCAAAUGAAAUUGAACGAGCUUUCAAUGAACUUGUAACUUCCUUAUCUGCUCCUACACGACGAAUUAUGGGGCCACUUCUUCGUUACUACCGGCGACAAUGGUUAAGAAAAGUAACACCUCAAAUUUUUAGUGUUCAUAACCUUCGUAGGCGUACUAAUAAUAACAUCGAAUCAUAUCACAGAACAUUAAAAGACCGGUUCGGAUUGCAUUCAAACAUUUGGACUUUUAGUGAUAACCUUGUAAAAUAUCAAGCAUGCCUGGAAAUUGAUUUGAAGUCUCUUGAACGAGGUCACAACAUUAGCAGACUGCCCAAAACAACGAAUGUUAUAAAAGACGCCCAAAUUUUAGAUGCCUGGAGACAACUUCAUCAACCAGGAGGCCUAAUAACAAAGCAGUUUUUACAAAAAUGUGUAAACAUCUUUAUCGACCCACUUGAAGCUUAUUUCAACGUAAACUUAAAUGACUAAAGGAUUUAAGUAAAGAAAAGAAGUUUGUUUAAAUGAAUGUAGGGUAAAUUUUAUUUUUCGUAAUAAUUGUUUAAGAC